UUAGUCAAUACUUUCAUUACUGAUGAGAGAGAUUUACAGAGGAAGUGGUCUACAUAUCGUGAGAAAUUAAAAGAUUAUUUUAAAAAUAACAAUACUCCAGCAGUUCAAAUUGCAGACUCAAUUGAGUUUGGUCUUUCUGAUGUUCCAGGCACUAAAGUAAUGAUUGCUAAGGUUGCCAGAGACGACUACACAUUAAAUGAUUUAUAUUUCUUUCACAAGCUAAUCGCUGAUGCACUUGAAGUUCCUCAAUAUAAAUUCUACUUUUGUACGAUUGAUGAUGGCUGCAUGGAAUUAAAAUAUUCCAUUCCUGAUUUUCUUUAUUCUGUUCUGUUUCCAUUAACCAAUCAACAGUGUGAUUCAUUGGCUGAGAUUGGAAUCAUAAAAAUUACUUGUCAUGAUUAUGUACAUGAAAUGAAGCAGAAUACCAGCACUCCAGUGAAUGAAGCAUGUUGGAGAGGAUUAAAAGAUGAAGUACAACAAUUGAUUGACAAGACUGGCCUUCAGGAAAGAGGUAAAAAUGGAUGGAGUCCACCAUUAGCUGCUUCAUAUGGUGGCCACAUUGAUGUGCUCUGUCUCCUCAUUGAUGUUUAUCAUUGCGAUCCUUCACAAGGUGAUGAUGAUGGUGUUAUUAGUUUACACAUGGCCUCAUAUAAAGGCCAUCUCAAUAUUGCACAGUAUCUAGUUAAUGAAUGUCACGUUGAUUCAGACAUAGCAGAUAGCUCUGGUAACACGGGAUUGCUUUACUCAGCACUGGGUGGUCACGUUGACCUCGUAAUUAUGUUUUUAAAGAAGAAGUGUAACGUGUCUCAGGUGAAUAGAGAAGGAUCAACUUUAUCAUUAUUGGCAUGUAAGAGUGGACAGGUAGCAUUAAUUGAUCAGCUUAAGCAGUUUGAUAUUUUCUCAGAAGAUGAGAUAGAUUUUAACGGAUGUGGAAUAGUACAUUAUUGUGCUAUGAGUGAUAGUGUAGAGCUUCUAGUGUAUCUUUAUAAUAAUCAUAAAAGUGAACUAUUUAAAAAAAGAGAUCGUUUUGGUACAACUCCACUUCAUAUAGCAAGCCAGUAUGCUUCAUCAGGUUUGAUUAUGAAAAUGGUUAAUAUUUUUGGAUAUAAAGUAUUACUAGAAGCUGAUUAUAGUGGUCGGUCUUCUCUUCAUUACUUAUGCAGUGGAUUGGUUGAUAAAUACUGCAUUACAGAAGUGUAUAAUAAGCUCACUGCACCAUGUGAUAUACCUUUACUUAAGCAAAUUUCAACAUUUUUUGUGAGUUCCAAAAAAGACUGGCAUAAAUUUAUAUCAUUAAAUAUAAAUGUUACUAAACAGCAUAAAAGAGUGAGCCUUUUGUCUACACUCCUCAAAAAGACAAGCGUUAUUAAUAAUUUCAAUAUAAAUUCUAUUACUGCUACUGGUCAAUCAUUGGUUCAUUUAGCAGGUACUAGUGGUAGUAUAUUAUUAGUGAAGGGUAAAACACCUCUUCAUUAUUCAUGUCGUCAUGGUAACAUUGAACUGAGUCGGUAUCUCAUUGAAGUACAAGACAGUGACAUUAACAUAACAGAUAAUGAUAAUUGGAAUGCAUUAGGUCAUAAUGCUAUGAGUGGUAACAUGAAGCUAGUCCGAUACCUCAUUAAUAUUCAUCAAUUGCCUCUAACAUCAGUGGUGUUACUUCAAGCAGUUUGUAGUACUAAAGUAUCAUUAAUUAAAUUAUUAGUUAAUGAAUAUAAACUAAAUCCUCAAACUAAAGCUGGUGAUGGUAUGCAAGCAGUUCAUAUUGCAGCUGAAGUUGGUGCUAUUGAUGUCUUAGAGUAUUUAGUAAAAGAUUGUGGAUGUGAUUUGGAUAGAGUAGGUGAUGCAGACAACACAAACGUGUUUCAUUAUUCUUCAGUGAAUGGUCAUUUUUUAUUUAUUAAAUAUAUUAUUAAUAAUUAUCCACAAUUUACUAGCCUAUUACAUUCUACUGGUGAUAAUGUUUCCCUUCCAAUUCAUUAUGCCUGUGCUAGUGGUGUAAUACAACUAGUGACAUUUCUAAUUGAUGUAAUGAAAUGUGAUGUCACUACUGAAGAUAAGGAUGGAUACAAUUGUGUCACAAGUGCAUGUAAAUCUGGUAAUCUUGAUCUUUUAAAAUUGUUAAUAGAACAAUAUAACCUCAAUCCGAGAAUAUUUAGCAGAGCAUCAUCACCAGUAGCUGCAGUGGCCUUUGGACAUGUUCAUAUACUAGAAUGGCUCAGACAAGAGUAUCAUAUCAAUGUAGCCUCAUUUCAGAAUGGUGUAUUACCAUUUUAUGCUGCACAAGACAACCGUUUGUAUUGUUUAAAGCAUUUAUUAAACAAUUAUUCAUUUGAUAUUAAUGCCACUAAACUCUUUGAUGAUAUUCAAUCUACACUGCUUCACAUAGCAUGUCAGGAAGGACAUGUUGCUAUAGUUCUCUACCUCACUAGUUUUCCUCAGUGUGACGUAUCAGCUAAAACAUCAAAAGGAUCAAGAGCUCUUCAUUUAUCAUGUAAAAGUCAUUCUCUUCCUAUACUCAAACAUCUAGUGGAGGAGCAUCAGUUGGAUCUCACCAUUAAAGAUUACAAUGGAAUGGCUCCAGUUCAUGUAGCCUGUGAAGAAGGAUCAUUGAGUAUAGUCAAGUACAUUAUAGACCAUUCACCAUUAUCUCUUGAUAUGACCGACUCCUUUGGAUGUACUCCACUACUUAUUGCAGCUUUCUCUAAGAACCUUCCCAUCAUUCGUUACCUCAACAGUAAAAACUGCAACAUUUCUAUUCUGGACGAUAAAGGGUUUAAUGUAAUACACAUAUCGGCAAAGGGAGGGUCUUUGGAUAUAUUGAGGUUUUUCAUUGAUGGUCAUUACUGUAAUCCUGAUAUCACUGAUGCUUCUGGUCGUACUCCACUUUAUCUGUCAGCUCAAGAGGGUCACUUGGAAAUAGUAGAAUAUCUAUUGGAUAGUCCAAGCUACAAUAAACCACGUGUAGAAUUAGUAGACAUGGCAGAUAGCAAUGGUAACACAGCACUUCAUGCAGCAUGCAGCCAGGGUCAUCCUGAUAUAGUGUCUACUAUAGCAGGAGCUUACAAGUCUCUUAAUAUUGAUAUUUAUUCAAUUAAUGAGAAGAGAGAGACUCCAUUACACUUAGCAGCAGCUAAUGGUCACGUUAAUACAGUCGUGUCUCUCUUAUCAGCCACUACUGGUACUAGAAAUCAUGAGAAGCUUCUUGGAGCAGUGGAUGGUGAAGGUUGUUCUUGUCUUCAUUUAGCUUGUCAAAAUGGUCACUAUAGGAUGGCACUGUAUCUGUCUGAGGUGUAUCCAGCUAAUGUUUAUAGUUUUCUUGAGGCUAGAAUUAGUUUAUCAAAAUUGGCUUGUGAGUUUGUCGAAGAGGCAGAGAAAAGACAGCUAGUACCAAUAGCUACUAAACCUCGUCCUUCAUUUUUAUCUUCUUAA